AUGGAAUCUAAAACUGAUAUUAAAAAACAUUUAAAACUUCAUUACGAUAUCAUCGCAAACAAAAUUUUGAAAACUGAUUUAAACACCCAUAAACCUCCUUUUAUACCAUUUACUUUUUCAGAAUGGAGACGUGAUGCAUUCAAUUCACUUGAAAUUGAAUUAGAGAAAUUAUCUUUUGCAGAAAAGCAAGAUUCCAAAAGAGAGUUUAUAAAUAUGGUUGAUGGGGAUUUGCUUUAUUCAUUCCAAAAGAAGAUGAAACAGCCUUAUUUUGAACUUGUUUUUUAUGAUAAUUAUGCUAUUCCAAAAGGAUUGGAUUUCUAAGCUGCAAGAAAAGAUUAUCAUUUAUUCAAAGACUUAGAAGCUUUGGCCAACCAAAUAUCUGAAUGGUGCAUACAAAUAGAAAUCAGUGCUGAUUUAGUUGAUAGAGCAGAACUUUAUAACUACUUUUCAUGCGAAAAAGAAGAAAAAUAAAUUUACAAAGAUUUAAAGGAACAAUUAUAAGCAAGCUCUAGUAGCAGUGUAGGAGAAAAAAUUAGAAAGUUUUUCAAGAGCACGCUAUCCUAUAGCAUAAAGAGCCUCAGUAACAUAGUUUGGACUAAAGGAAUAGCUCUUUCAAAUAUAUCUAUGGGAGCUCUCAUCUUACUAUAUUACUCUUUUAUUGGUACUUCUUCUUUACCAGUGCAAAUUUUGAUGCCUAGAAUGCAUAUAUCUUGGCUAGUAGGAGGUAUUGUAGGAUCUUACGCUUUAAAUAAAGUCGCUGACUCUAUAGAACGUGGUGAAGUAGCAAAUAAUCUAACUAAAAUAACUGAAAUAUUCAGAGAGAUUACUCUAAAUUUGAUUGAAUUUAAUGACAAUUGUGAGUAUUCUAUUAAAGAUUGCACACUCUAGAAAACUGAAGACGAUUUAUAGACUAAGUGUUUAUAAUUGAAGAAAGUUAUUAGACACCUGUUGGAUAAUGCUGAGAAGUUGACCGAAAUGAAAGAAAGAGUUUCUAAACUAAGACAUUUAAUUGAAAAAGAUGACGACGAAGACGAUGAUCUGGUAUUAAUUGAGCUUGAAGAUGUUUAAAAAGAAGAUAAUAAAGAGAAAGCUAAAUCAGAUUGA